GACCGAAAAGCGGAGUGCACCGAAUGUCGCGGGAGCUGAUUCUCGGUCCCUUGCUCCCGCGACAUGGCCUUCAACUUCGGGGCUCCCUCGGGCACCUCGGGCACCGCUGCAGCCACCGCCGCUCCCACGGGAUUUGGUGGGCUUGAGACUGCCAACUCCACCGCCAGUGGGUUUAAUUUUGGGGGUUUCGGAUUAGCUGCUAACCCCGCGGUGAACUUUAAUAUUGGGAGUUUCGGUGUUCCUACUACUGCGGCGACGCCGUUCAAUUUCGGUAACAGUCUGGCGAGCGCAGGUGGGUUCGGAGGAUUUGGGACAACAUCUACAACUGCAGGCUCUGCAUUCAGCUUUUCUGCUCCAACUAACACAGGCACUACUGGACUCUUCGGUGGUACUCAGAACAAAGGUUUUGGAUUUGGUACUGGUUUUGGCACAACUGGAACUAGUACUGGUUUAGGUACUGGUUUGGGAACUGGAUUGGGAUUUGGAGGAUUUAAUACACAGCAGCAGCAGCAACAACAAACUACAUUAGGUGGUCUCUUUGGUCAGCCUACACAGGCUCCUGCUCAGUCCAACCAACUGAUAAACACUGCAAGUGCUCUUUCUGCUCCAACGCUGUUAGGAGAUGAGAGAGAUGCUAUUUUGGCAAAAUGGAAUCAACUGCAGGCCUUUUGGGGAACCGGAAAAGGAUAUUUCAACAAUAACAUACCACCGGUGGAAUUCACACAAGAAAAUCCCUUUUGCCGAUUUAAGGCAGUAGGUUAUAGUUGUAUGCCCAAUAAUAAAGAUGAAGAUGGGCUUGUGGUUUUAGUUUUCAACAAAAAAGAAACAGAUAUUCGAAGCCAACAACAGCAGUUGGUAGAAUCAUUGCAUAAAGUUUUGGGAGGAAACCAGACCCUUACAGUAAAUGUAGAGGGUAUUAAAACAUUGCCAGAUGAUCAGACAGAAGUUGUCAUUUAUGUUAUUGAGCGCUCUCCAAAUGGUACUUCAAGAAGAGUUCCGGCUACAACACUAUAUACCCAUUUUGAACAAACCAACAUAAAAACACAGCUGCAGCAACUUGGUGUAACCCUCUCUAUGACCAGAACAGAACUUUCUCCUGCACAGGUCAAACAGCUGUUACAGAAUCCCCCUGCUGGUGUUGAUCCUAUUAUCUGGGAACAAGCCAAAGUGGAUAACCCUGAUUCUGAAAAGUUAAUUCCUGUACCAAUGGUGGGUUUCAAAGAACUUCUUCGAAGACUGAAGGUUCAAGAUCAGAUGACGAAGCAGCAUCAGACCAGAUUAGAUAUUAUAUCUGAAGAUAUUGGUGAAUUACAGAAGAAUCAAACUACAACUAUGGCCAAAAUUGCACAAUAUAAGAGGAAACUCAUGGAUCUUUCCCAUAGAACCUUACAGGUCCUAAUCAAACAGGAAAUUCAGAGGAAGAGUGGAUAUGCCAUCCAAGCUGAUGAAGAGCAGUUGCGAGUUCAGCUAGACACAAUUCAGUGUGAACUAAAUGCACCUACUCAGUUUAAGGGCCGACUAAAUGAACUAAUGUCCCAAAUCAGGAUGCAGAAUCAUUUUGGAGCAGUCAAAUCUGAGGAAAGGUAUUACAUAGAUGCAGAUCUGUUACGAGAAAUCAAGCAGCAUUUGAAACAACAACAAGAAGGCCUUAGCCACUUGAUUAGCAUAAUAAAAGAUGAUCUAGAAGAUAUAAAGUUAGUAGAACAUGGAUUGAAUGAAACCAUCCACAUCAGAGGUGGUGUAUUUAGUUGACAGAUCACAAACUUGUGUUGAAGGUUCGUGAACUCUAUCUUCUUGCUACAUCAGGCCUUCCCUAAGAAUGAAACUGACCACAUGGAGGAAAAGGAAAGAAAAUCCUCUGCUUGCUUGGUUUUUGAGAAGGUUACUGACAAAUUAUUGUUCUUCAGAUUUGAAAUUAGUCACUUCACAGCUCCUUCAAAGACAGCCUUUGGAAGAUAUCUAAAAGCUAUUAUUUAAGAAGUACAUAAGUACCAAAAACAUACUAUUGUACAUUUUUACAACAGCGUUUUUCUUAAUCAGUGUUUAAUGACUAUUCUCCAUUGAGCCUGUACUCUGCUUUCCAUAGCAAGUAAAUAUGCAAUAUCUACUUUGCACAUAAAAUGUAUGACUACUUGGCUGUUGGAGAUUUGUACUUUAGAAUAUAAAUGUACAUCAGUUUUUAUAUUUGUGAAUUCAUCUGUGGGAGGAGUAAAGAAAAUCCGAGAGUAUUUGUUGAUUAAUGUGAUUUUCAUUUCAUUCUAUAAAGAUUUGAAAGUAUAUUUUUAUAUUUUUUUGCUUAUUUGAAAUUUACAGAACACGUACGCAAUUAGGAUAUAACAAAAUUACAUUUUAUCAUUUUUGCAACUUUUUGUUUUUUUAAAACAUUAUUUCUAAAAAUGAUGAAAACAAAUAAAUCUUGAUUGUAAUUACUUUUCUA